GAGCGGCAUUGUUGAUUUUUUUUUUCCUCCCGUUCUCUCGGUCUCGCUUCAGUUUGUACAGUUUGAGCAGUUCACAUGCAUUGGUCCCGGUUCUUUUUUUAAUUUGAAAGUCUUCUUAAGUUAUUUAUAGAUUUAUUAGAUUUACUUUAAUCAUCAUGGCUUUGGACAAGAGAUUCUUACUCUAUGCUUCAGGCAUAUUUAUUUGUUACUUUUAUUUUGGUAUUCUUCAGGAAAGAAUAACCAGAGGAAAGUAUGGAGAAGGUGAAACACAGGAAAAGUUUACUUACACACUGGCCCUCGUAUUCGUACAGUGUGUGGUCAAUUUUGCAUAUGCCAAAAUCAUGCUGUCUACGUUGAUGAAACAAGGAGAAGAUAAAACAAGUAGAAUGUAUUAUGCUUCAUCUGCACUCACUUAUUUACUAGCCAUGGUGUGCAGUAACAUGGCUCUACAAUGGGUCAAUUAUCCAACUCAGGUAGUUGGAAAAUCAUGCAAACCUAUUCCUGUUAUGAUUCUUGGUGUACUGUUUGGGAAUAAGUCCUACCCUAUGGCCAAAUACUUAUUUAUUCUUACUGUUGUCCUCGGUGUAGCCAUGUUUAUGUACAAAGACAAGCCUGUGUCUGCAAAGCAAGAAGUAGACUCAGGAAUUGGUAUUGGUGAAAUUCUUCUGAUUUUGUCUUUGAUCAUGGACGGACUUACAGGCGCCAUACAAGAGCGGAUGAAAACUGAAUACCAGUCUAAAUCCGGCCACAUGAUGUUGUACAUGAACUUGUGGUCUGUCGGAUACCUCGCCUUUGCUCUUUUGAUCACUGGAGAAUUAUUUGACUUUGCCGGAUUCAUCAGCCGGCACCCUUUCGUCUUGUGGGACUUGACCACUUUUUCCAUCGCCAGCGCACUCGGCCAGUUCUUCAUUUUCCGAAUGAUAGCCGACUACGGUGCGUUGCCCUGCUCCAUCGUUACGACCACGAGGAAAUUCUUUACAGUUAUGGCAUCCGUCCUCUAUUUCGGAAAUCAGCUCUCCGGUAGACAGUGGACUGGAGCUGUCCUGGUGUUUGCUGGCCUCACGAUGGACUCGGUCUACGGCAAGAGGAAAGCUCCCAAAAAGUCCUGACUGUCUUCUAGCAUUUAAGCGGCUCAAGGAAUCGCAUGUUUUUUUUGUGAUUAUUAUUUUGUUUCAUGUUUUGCGGCUAAUAAACAACGUAAUACAACA